CCAAACCCUACCUGGAAUUUUCGUUGGCCGUUCCUUCCCAAGUUUUCGUCGCCUCCGCAAAUUAACAUCACCAUCCCGUCGUCGAUACACAGACAGAUCCGCAAAAAUGGCUGGAGGCAAACCCCGUGGUCUUAACGCCGCACGCAAGCUGCGAACGAACCGAAAGGACCAGAAAUGGGCCGAUCUCGCCUACAAGAAGCGUGCCCUCGGUACCGCCUAUAAGUCCUCUCCCUUCGGUGGUUCCUCACACGCCAAGGGCAUCGUCCUCGAGAAGGUCGGUGUCGAGGCCAAGCAGCCCAACUCCGCUAUCCGAAAGUGUGUCCGUGUUCAGCUCAUCAAGAACGGAAAGAAGGUCACUGCCUUCGUUCCCAAUGACGGUUGCUUGAACUUCGUGGACGAGAACGACGAGGUCCUCCUGGCUGGUUUCGGUCGCAAGGGCAAGGCCAAGGGUGAUAUUCCCGGUGUUCGAUUCAAGGUCGUCAAGGUCUCUGGUGUCGGUCUGCUCGCUCUGUGGAAGGAGAAGAAGGAGAAGCCCCGUUCUUAAGCGAAGGGCUCGCGGAUGGAAACAAAGUCAUAUUUCGACACGUGGAGUCUAUUCGGAUUGCUUGCAUCGGCAUUACUGGUUAGGGAUCUGAUCAUGGGAGACGAGGUCUGAAAAAAGGGAAAAUAGAUCACAAAGUCUUCGACGAACAAAACAACGAUGUGCACGCCGCGUGAGGUGGAUUCUUUGGGGUCUGAACCCAUAUCUCCAUAUAUGAUGACAUUAUUGUACAAUUGUUUUACAUGCUUCAUACCUUCCGGCAUUCAGUUCUCUAACUUGGUGUCGUCCUCAGGUCCCUGGACAUAUCUGAGAGUGUAGUCCGCAGCUAGGCCCAGGCUGAUCACGCCACCGGUGAUCCAGCACCCGUUGAUGAACCACCACCAACAAUCCUUGACAUCUUUGAGAUUGACUCGCUUGAUCAUAAUACCAAGCGUGGCCAUAGCUCCUCCACAGCUUCCAAUAAAGAACGCGGGACCAGCACCGGCUGCAAAUCCGGCCGCAGCCAAAAGAGAGAUUUGUACGGCAGCCAAGCCAGUCAACACUUGCUUAGUCUCAGCAUCAUGCUUCAGUGCAAUGCUCUUGAUUCCCGCCUUCACGUCGUCCUUAAUGUCCAUAUGAGCAUAUAUCAUGUCGUAUAAUAUUGUCCAUGCAAUAUUUGAAGCAUAUAGGCAGGCUGCAGCAGUCAAGGCUGGGGUAUGUGACAGCAGGUCGAUUCCAAGAGCCGGGAAACCCAUAAUAGCGCCCCACGAGAAGGUGAAGCCGAGAACUGCUUGAGGGUAAUAAGUAACUCUCUUGGCCAAAGGAUAGCUGGCUACCAGGAGCAAGCUGGGGACGCCGUAAAAGAGGCAAGGCAAGGGAAAUUGGAGCAAUAUCCCAAGCCCGG